AUGGGACUUCUUUUCCCCUCUCCAUCUCAGGCCACCAUUUGAAACAUCAUCAUCAUCAUCAUGAUUUGGCAAAUAAUCCAAACUUGAAAUUUAGGAGACACCACUGUAUUGCGCUUGGGACUCAAUAGUUUUGUCACAUUUGUCAUGAUGUCUUGCUCCUAUGAAAAAACACUUCCCAUGUCUAUCCUGCUUUGUAUGAAGGCUUACCAAGAGAGAACAUCCUUGUUUUCCCUACUUGGAGACCUGUUUUUAUUUGUGUUACACUUCAUCAAGGCUUUUUCUGAAAUAUUUGCUGGGGGAGGAUCCCAGGAUUUUAAAGUUUUAUCUUGUGGCUAUUAAACAAACCAUUUUGGUAAAGGUCAUUACCUUUAAGCUUGGUAGUCAACAUCAACUCUUUCCAUCUUGAGAGAAAGCACUGGGCUGUUGGACUAUGUAUAUGAUUCUUUCCCUUCACUGUUAGAGACAUAAAUGCUAGUGGGAUCCUUUUGGAUUUUGAAAAUCACAUCAUAUUUUGCUCCCAUUGGUCGCCUGAAUUUUAAGCACCAUGCAGCGGAGGGCAAGAGGAUUUCAUCAAGGCCUGCUUUUACUUUUUUUUCAAAUCAUGCAGGUUGGGCUCACCAAUGUCCCUCCUGUGACUCUGGCAUGUAUAGCCCUCAACAUCUGGCUUUUCCUCAACCCUUUGAAGCCCAUCUACUGGCUUUGCCUAAGUGUGGAAACGUGUUAUGAGAAAAAAGACUGGCAGCGUCUGCUACUUUCCCCUUUCCACCAUGCUGAUGACUGGCAUUUAUAUUUCAAUAUGGUGUCCAUGCUGUGGAAAGGACUAACACUGGAAAGAAGACUGGGUAGUUUUUGGUUUGCCUACAUCAUAGCAGUUUUCUCCUUGCUCACGGGUGUGGUGUACCUGGCAUUGGAAUAUACUGUUGCAGAACUUCUGGACCAGCGUGAGUUCAAGGUGUACUGUGCCAUUGGCUUUUCAGGAGUCUUAUUUGCCUUGAAGGUUCUUAGCAACAAUUAUAACCCUGGAGGACACACAAAUAUCAUGGGCAUGUACAUCCCCAACAAGUAUGCCUGUUGGGUAGAACUGGUGAUGAUUCAUUUGCUCUCCCCAAGGACGUCCUUUGCCGGGCAUCUGGCGGGCAUUAUCGUUGGAUUAAUGUACACUCUGGGGCCCCUGAAGAUGAUCAUGGAAGCGUGUGCAGGCAUUUUGCCCUUGAAUGCCCAUUACCCAAGACAACAGCAUUACUAUAAUAAUAUGGGCUAUAGUGGAUAUCAAGAGGACCUAUUCGACAGGCAGCCUUACCAAGAAAUCCCCAGGAACUACGAUGUCUAUACAGCAGGGUUUACCGAAGAGGAGCAGUUAGAAAGAGCGCUCAGAAACAGUCUCCGUGAUCGAGUAUUUAAAGCUACAGAUGACUCAUGGAAAUGUGUCCUAUUUAGAACAGUCAUUGGCUGGCAGCCCUUCUUGCAGGUGGUGUUAACAAUGGUCCUCCACCCUAUGGAUUCAAUAUUCGCCCGGAAGAUGAAAUGAGAAGGCAAAGACUGAAUAGAUUUGACCGUCACUGAAAUUGCGCAGCACCUUGUGAAUCAGCAGUUCAGCCUCUUAAGGGUCAACCACCUGAUUCAUUCCAGAAACCUCUUGUUUGCUCUGAGAAAAACCAAAGUACUCUUCUUUAAGUACUCUUGCAACUUGAAUGGCUCAUUCAAUGAACCUUGGAAGUUCAAAGUCACACAAAUCCAGGAUAACCAAAUACCAUUUCCAGUGGUAUUUCUGAAUUCUGAAUUCUGAAUUUCAGAAAAUGGCCUUUCUGAAAAGGGCCUCCCUCUUGGUUCCAUAGAUACCAGCAGCAUCCUGUGAAAGAACACCAGUUCUCCCCGGGGAGGCUCCCACUGCCGACGUGGAAGGCUCGCAGAGUUUGUGACCUUCCAUGCCGAAUUUCACCUCCCAUUCAGGAAGCUUGUUCUGUCCUUCUGCACAAUGCCCUGAUCUUGGAAGUCCCUCCAUCCUCAUCUUCCUGACAAGUCCCCGAGUGGCUGGUGAAAUCCAACCAGGCCGCCUGGACUUGCAGAUCUCCAAUUCUCUCCUGUCACCUUUGGAUGGGUGUGAUGUUCACAUUUUAGUUUCUUUAUGUGUAUUGCUAUACCUUUCACUGAAAAGGUCUCACUCAGGAAGAACUUGGGGACAGAGACGCACAUAUUCACCAUUAGGAGAGAGCAGCAUUUUGUACCUAUCGGCUCUGCCUCCAGUAUAAAUCUGUCUAAGUUAUCUGAAUGCCCUCAGGGAACUGUGAGUUGAAAAGUCCUUUUUAGAGCAAGUGUUAUCUUGUAAAAUUAAAACACUCCUGAUUCAGUCACCAUAACAAGCUCCACAUUCAGUUGUCUUGACUUGACACCCCCAGCAGGUAUCUGUCAAUUAGCGUCAUCUCCAUUUUUAAGCUGCCCUUGUGCUAAUGCUCCCAGCUGCCUCAAAGACAAAGUCAGAGCAACAAUGAUGUUCUUAGAGUUGGUCUUAAUAAAAGUUGGAAGCGAGUAUCUCCAAAAGGUUUUCCCAACUUGGUUUUAAUCACAGGCUCUCAAGUGCUAGACUGGACACACUGAUGAGAUGUUUGCCCUCUAGUAUGUCUGUAUGUCUUCCAGCAGUGCCCAGCUGUAGUGCCAUGAGGUAGGGGAGCAUGGUGGACGGUGGUAGGGUUUGGAGAUGGAAGUCCGGGGCCUUGACUCCUGCCUUUGACACUCUUACAUUUCAGGAGGAUGAUCUGUGGAACACAAGUCUGGGAGGACAAAGACUGGCUCUUUUUGACUUUUCAACCUCAGGGCCUACCACAGUGCCUGGCACAAAGUCAAUUUUUAAUAAAUGUUUGUUAAAUGAAUGAAUGAUAUUGAACAGACGUAUGAACAUGGACGAUUUGCUGAACCUCAUUUCUUUUUCUGUAAAAUAGCAAUAUCUUUAGUACUUAUCCUACAGAGCUGUUGUGAGGUUGAAAUGAUUAUAAAGCACUUUGUAAGCUUUAAUGUGCUAUUGAAAUAUUCUAAUCUCUGACAGAUCAAUAGAUGAUCAGUUGGGGAUCUUUUAUCGUGUUUGUGUUAUAGAGAGAGAUUUGUGUAAAUUUAUAUAUAUGUAUAUGUACUUAUACAUAUAUAAACUUAGUAGAAUUUGCUCAUGAUAUUAGUUAUAUUGUGCCUUAGUUUCAUAUAAUCUUUUCAACUGAGAAAAGGAGUCUAAUCACUGUGCUGCAAAAUUGGAGUGGGGUAGAUGAGUAAUUGCUUCUUUCCUUCCAUUGAAAAUAUUUGUUGUUUAACACAAUAAUAUUACUAAUGGACAAGGACACGAGGCCUGAAUUUUUGAUAAUAAGAAAUGUCGUGUUGGAAGGGAGCUCCUCACUGAGAAAGCAGGGGCUAAUUAAUCACCACAAUCGCUUUCUUCUCCCCAAAUGACAAGUGUAAAACAACGAGGCUGACCGCCCUUUUGUGCUUUGUUUUGAUUUUCUUAAGGAAGCCAUCUUUUAAAUAUCACCAUAGCUACUUUGUUAAGCCAGAAGGCCUUUCUGGUGCCAAGGAAUAUGAUUUUUUAAAUAUUCUUCCCCCCCCACCUCCCCACCCUGAACUCCAGAUUAGAAUAUAUGUCCAACAGUAUGAGGUAGGCACCAAGGGAGCCUUAAUGGAUUACUUGGAUAAUUAUCUCUCCCAACCUGGCAGCCCCACAGACUGGAUCUGUGAUUUGAAGCCCUCAAGCUGGCUGAUUCCCAGCCUGUUCUUUAGAAGUUCCAUUUUAACUCAGGGUCUCUUUAAUCACACUGGCCUUGACUUCUCUCUCCUUGGGACUUCAGAACUAGUUUUAAAAUGACAUCAUUUGCCCUUAACGACUUGGAGUGUUCCAUGUGCAAUCAUUGCCAAAGGGAUUUGUGCACCUUUUUUAUUCUUCUUUUUCUUUUUAAAUAGUGGCUCCCCUUUUGGAAUAUAGACUGUUGCUGACUGUGCUAAGUAAUCAGUGACCAAAAGUAUGUAUUUCUGGUGUGUGUUUCCAGCAUCCACACAAUCAAAAGACCCCAACAAACUGAAAGGCCAGGAGGUUGUCAUAGACUUGGCCUUUCAGCUCCUACUGUUGGUUUCCUGGAAAAGCUUUCUAAUUAUUAUAGGAAACUGUAGACAGCUCCUGAAAAUGCAGCCUUUGCAAUGUCCUUCAGAGCCAUCCUUUCCUUUCUGUGGUCAAGCCCUUAUAGCUCCUGGAGUAGUGAAGUGCCCUUUUGACCAAUUUCUCUCAGUCCUCCCCUGCCUUUCCCCAUUCUUCUCCUCCUUCAUUCUAAAACAUUGCCCAUCAUGCCAUUCUGCUGCCCGGAAAACCAUAACAACUCCCCAUUAUUUGGAAGGAUGAAUCAGGGACAGAGUGUAUUUGGCUGAGAAGUCUGGACUUUCUUCCACAUAUAUAAGCACGUACGUAUGCAUUUACAUAUAUGUGUGUAUAUAGAUCUAUAAUUUAACAAAAUUCACACACAAAUAUAUAGAAAUAAUACACCCACACACUCCUAUCUCCUUCUGUCUCCUUUGAUUGGGACAUGAGUGCACUCUACUCCCCUUCCUCUCUUCCCUGCCCCCUUUUUUUUUUUUAAUACUUUUCAUUCCAAUUACUGUCUUCGCCUUUCUUCUAUAAGUAUUGCUCUCCUAAUUGUCCUCUGAAGUCUAAUUCACCCUCAUUUCUUAUGUUUUCCAGACUCUCCCACCCACAGUACUCUCCUCCCUAAUGCUAUACCCGGUUUUAUUUAAAAGACCACACUUGACACUUUCCAUACCUGGUCUCCUUGCAUCGAUCUGGAUGUUGUUGUGUCCUGAAUCCCUAUCUAGAUUGUAAGCUGCUCAAGGGCAGGGACUUGUCUUUUAGGCUUCCUCUUGUCCUCCAGUUUGUGGCCAAUAAAUUUUCAUUAAAUGUGGGAAUCGAAGUGCAAGCACUCGGUUUUACAGUCAGGAGAAAGACAAAUAAAAGUGAGCCCAAUUUCUUCUUGA